GCAGAGGACACAAGCGACGUGGUCUGGGAGAAGGAGGCAACUGUCGAAGAGAAGCCGAUGAUUAAACCCAUAUUAAUAGACAGCAACCCGAUAGUAAUCAAUACUGCUUGUCCAGAGCCCGUAGCACCCAUAGCACCCGUAGCUCCCAUAGCACCCAUAGCACCCGUAGCUCCCAUAGCACCUCGAGAGGAGCAGCCGGAAGUAGUAGAUCAUCAGAAACGCGAAGAGGCCAAAAUCUUUGCCGAGGGCUGGGCAGUUUCCUAUUGCAAGUUGGAUGCACACAAUGGGCUGCUGGCCAAGAAGGCGAUCGAGGAGAUCUUUGUGUUGGGACAGCUCAAAAAGUUGCAGUUCGAUUCUGUAAAGAUGCCAUAAUAAACUAUUUUAAUACACAUAUUU